ACUUGUACCACAGGCAAAAGAUCGAAAGAGUAAAAACAAGAAAAUGUCAGAUGAAAUAAUCCUGCUGGACUUUUGGUCUAGUCCAUUUGCAAUGAGGGUGAGAAUUGCAUUGGCGGAGAAAGGAAUAGACUAUGAAGCAAGGGAAGAGGAUUUGAGCAACAAAAGUAGCCUACUUUUGAAGAUGAAUCCAGUUCACAAGCAAAUCCCAGUGUUGAUUCACAAGGGUAGACCCGUUUGUGAAUCCCUCAUCAUUGUUCAAUACAUUGAUGAGGUUUGGUCUCACAAAUCUCCUCUGCUCCCUUCUCAUCCUUAUCACAGAGCCAAUGCCAGGUUCUGGGCUGACUUUGUUGACAAAAAGAUAUAUCCCACUGGGAAGUUAGUAUGGGGUGCAACAGGUGAGGUCCAAGAAGCUGCAAAGAAAGAGCUAAUUGAGAGCAUGAAGGUGCUAGAAGGAGAGCUUGGAGACAAGCCUUACUUCGGGGGUGAGAGCUUUGGGUUUACAGAUGUGGCAUUGAUUCCCUUCUAUACUUGGUUUUACUCAUUGGAAACCUGUGGGGAUUUCAGCAUUAUUGCAAACUGUCCAAAUUUGGUAGCAUGGGCUAAAAGAUGCAUGCAAAGAGAAAGUGUAUCCAAAUCUCUGCCAGACCAAUAUAAAGUUUAUUGCUUUCUCAUGGAACUUAAGAAGAAGUUUGAAGCCAAAUAAGAUGGUUUAUUUACUACCCACUUUUAGGCCUUUAUAUAAACUCAGCUUGUUAAAUAAGAAGGCAUGUUUUUUGGUGUAAUCAGUAUAACUUUCCGCUUUGAAUGUGUUUUUGUUUAAUAAAUCAACUAGCUUUUG